AAACACAUUAUCGAAUUCCAGAUGCAAACACUAGGCAGCCAAAUGCGACCUCUGUUCUACCUCUGCCUACUGCUGGUGACAUGUCUUCUUCUCUUGGAAGAAGCACAUGCAGCGCACCAUCGACGAAUCUCGCCGAGGUCUCAACGCAUGGCCCUCCUCCACUGGAAAGGUACACUUGCAGGCCCGGCGCUGCAAAUGAGCUCUUGGCAGGAAAACACCAGCCCCUGCAACUGGACGGGCAUCAUGUGCACGGUUGUUCGCCUUGGCCGCAGCAUGCCCUGGGUGGUGACCAACAUCUCACUUCCGGGUGCUGGCAUCCGUGGCCAGCUUGGUGAGCUCAACUUCUCGGCUCUUCCAUUCCUCGCAUAUAUUGACCUCAACAACAACAGUCUCCAUGGUCCAAUACCAGCUAAUAUCAGCUCUCUAUCAUCACUUUCAUAUCUUGACCUAUACUUCAACCAUCUCAAAGGACAAAUUCCAUUUGAGUUUGGUCGCUUGCAAAGUCUGACCUGGCUUGAUCUCUCAUUUAACAGACUCAUGGGACAUAUACCUGCAUCUCUGGGUAACCUAACAAUGUUAAUUGGUCUUUCCAUUCGCCAAAACAUGUUAUCAGGUCCCAUUCCCGAGGAGAUUGGAAGGCUUGUCAACCUACAAGUUCUACAGCUAAGCAACAACACCUUAAGCGGCAUGAUGCCAAAAACCCUUGGAAAUCUGACCCAACUAAAUACUUUGUACCUCUAUACUAAUCAACUUUCAGGGCCUAUACCCCAAGAACUAGGUAAGCUAGUCCAUUUGCAAAAUCUUGAACUUAGUUCAAAUGAUAUUGCAGGUCCAAUUCCAAUCUCCAUAACCAAUCUCACUAAGAUGACCACACUUUCUCUCUAUAGCAAUCAAAUCACAGGUCCAAUACCUUCAGAAUUGGGCAUCUUGUUGAAUCUCCAGUUUUUAGACUUGUCUGGAAACCAAAUAUUUGGCUCUAUUCCUGACAUCUUAGGAAAUAUAACAAAGCUAGUACACCUAUCCCUCUAUAAUAAUCAGAUAACCGGUUCCAUCCCCCAGGAAAUUGGCAAUCUGAUGAAACUCGAAUAUUUAGGAUUGCAACUGAACCAAAUUUCAGGAUCAAUACCAAAAACUUUUGGGAAGUUGCAAAGCCUCCAAAAUGUGGAAAUCUUUAGUAACAAAUUGUCAGGUUUUCUUCCUCAAGAAUUUGGAGAUCUCAUAAACCUUUUUCAACUUGCGCUCUCGUUCAACUCAUUUUCAGGACCUUUACCCGCAAAUAUAUGUUCAGGUGGCAGACUUCAAUAUCUCAGUGUCGCUUCCAAUAUGUUCAAUGGCCCCAUUCCAAGGAGUUUAAAAACAUGUACGAGUUUGGUUCAGCUUGAGCUUCAGGAGAACCAACUAACAGGAGAUAUAUCUCAGAAUUUGGGUGUGUAUCCACAACUCAUAAAGAUGAGCCUGGCAUCGAAUAGAUUCUCUGGGCAGAUCCCACCAAAUCUAGGUGCAUCUACCAAACUAACGGUACUACAUCUAGCACAAAAUAUGAUUACAGGCCCCAUACCUACAAUCCUUUCUAAAUUGUCCAACCUAGUAGAACUAAAACUAGAUUAUAACUAUCUCAGCGGUCACGUUCCACAAGAAAUCUGCAGUUUAGCAAAUCUAUAUAAACUGACCCUAUCAUCGAACCAAUUAUCUGGAUCCAUACCUACACUGGUAGGAAAUCUGAGCAAUUUAGGACACCUUGAUAUAUCUGGGAAUAGAAUGAGUGGAUUGAUACCAGAGGAACUAGGGCGCUGUACAAAACUGCAGUCCUUGAAAAUCAACGACAACAACUUCAGUGGAAGUUUGCCUGGUGCCAUUGGAAAUUUAGCAGGCUUGCAGAUCAUGUUAGAUGUGAGCAACAAUAACCUCUGUGGUGUGUUGCCGCAACAACUUGGCAAAUUGCAGAUGCUAGAAUUUCUGAAUUUAUCACAUAAUCAGUUCAAUGGCAGCAUUCCAUCCUCCUUUGCAAGCAUGGUGAGCAUUUCAACACUAGAUGUGUCCUACAACGACUUGGAAGGACCGGUCCCAACAACACGCAUACUCCAAAAUGCUUUAGCAAGUUGCUUUCUUCCCAAUAAAGGUCUAUGUGGUAACAUCUCUGGCCUGCCACCUUGUUAUUCAACCUCAGUAGCUGCUCACCAAAAAGGGAAAAUACUUAGUUUGCUUUUGCCAAUUGUUCUUGUGAUGGGUUUUGGAAUAGUUGCUGCAAUUGUUGUCAUAAUAAUACUUACUCAUAAGAAGAGAAAACCACAGGAAAGUGUCAUCACUGAAGCAAGGGACCUAUUCUCUGUUUGGACUUUCGAUGGAAGAUUAGCAUUUGACGAUAUUUUAAGGGCAACAGAAGACUUUGGCGAUAAGUACAUAAUUGGAACAGGAGGAUACAGCAAAGUCUACAACGCACAACUCCAAGACGGGCAACUAGUUGCUGUGAAGAGGCUUCAUCAGACAGAAGAAGAGUUGGAUGAUGAAAGAAGAUUUCGUAGUGAAAUGGAAAUCUUAUCACAAAUCCGACAACGAAGCAUUGUCAAAAUGUAUGGGUUCUGCUCCCAUCCAGCAUAUAAAUUUCUUGUGUACGAGUACAUUCAGCAGGGAAGCCUCCAUAGGACAUUGGAAAAUGAGGAGCUAGCAAAAGAACUGGUUUGGCCCAAGAGAAUUGCUCUUGCAACUGAUGUGGCUCAAGCAGUAUCUUAUUUGCACCACGAAUGCAGUCCACCUAUAAUCCAUCGAGAUAUCACAAGCAACAACAUAUUACUUGAUACAUCCUUUAAUGCUUUUGUCUCAGAUUUCGGCACGGCAAGGAUUCUUAAGCCCGAUUCAUCAAACUUGAGUGCACUAGCAGGAACGUAUGGCUACAUAGCUCCUGAACUGUCAUACACAUUUGUUGUGACGGAGAAAUGUGACGUCUAUAGUUUUGGCGUUGUUGUGCUAGAGCUAGUGACGGGCAAGCAUCCAAGGAAUCUCCUAGAUGGUAGUUUGUCAAGAGGGGAAGAAGUUAUGCUGGUGAAAGAUAUUCUAGACCAACGGCCAACAACACCAACAACAACAGAAGAGAAGAUCUUAGCUCUGCUCAUCAACCUGGCCUUCUCUUGCUUGGAAUCUUCUCCGCAAGCAAGGCCAACCAUGAGGGAGGCAUACCAAAUGCUCAUCCAGCAACCUUGUUCUAGUCCAAGUCCCAUGCCUUUGAGUGCAGACGCAUGUUGAUGUAUGAUCCGAAUUCUGGUGACAAGCCAAGGUCUAUCGUGGCGGAGGUCGAUAAAAUGUUUCCAAUUUUGACUUGAGUCACUCAUAUGCCAUGUAUAUAUACGCCAUGUAUGCUAACAUGGGACGAGUUGAUGGCUUAUUGUAAGUCUAUGUAUUUGUAGACACUCUCCUCAUACAGUGAAAGAUAAUCGUCGUGUGCCUGUGGAUUUU